CUUGUUCAAAUAUGAAGAAGUUUAAAAGUAGACUAGGCUGUACGGUCUAAGGAUCUUUGCCUGUUCCAUCACUGAAAAGGAGAUGGACGAACAUGGGAAAAAAAAAAAUGUCGUUGAUUUGUCUGUGAAUUCUGUUCCGAUUCUGAAUUUCUGAAUUGUCCCGAAUGAAACAUGGCGGUGCAAGGCAGUAUGUCUACAAGUUUUUAAUUUUUGCAAUGAGUUAAGGAAUUGCAAAAUACUGACUGUAUUUUUACUUUUUUAAUUGAGUUUGUGAUUUAUUUAUCAUUGAUUAAUAUAGUGAAAGCUUAAUCCCUCGUUAGGGAUCUAUUAAUUGGACUGCAAGUUUUGCCAUGAAAAUUUUAACGUCGUUGCUGGUAUAAAAAUAAUUAUUGUGACUAAUACGAAGGAUACUAAACCAGCACGCCGUGGUGGUCAUGGCUACGCUCAUCCAAGAGAAUGGCAUCAAGGAGCUGAGCAAAGGCAACCACGGGGUAGUGUCCAAUCACGGCAUAUCCGCACACGGUGUCCCUAGUCAUAUGGUGCCAGACCAUGAGUACUGUGAGGCGGGCACUGCUCCCGGGGCUCAGCAGCCCUGCACCGAAGUUACCGAGGCGACGCCAGCGCCCCCUCCAGCCGAGGAAGAGGAAGAGACGCCUGAAAUAGAUAUCAUGAUAAACAAUGUCGUGUGUAGUUUUAGUGUUAAGUGUCAUCUGAAUCUGAGACAGAUUGCAUUGAACGGUGUUAACGUUGAGUUCCGCCGCGAGAACGGCAUGGUGACGAUGAAAUUGCGACGUCCGUAUACUACCGCAUCGAUUUGGUCGUCCGGUCGGGUGACGUGUACCGGGGCCACCAGCGAGGACCAAGCGAAGGUAGCCGCGCGUCGGUACGCUCGUGCACUACAGAAACUUGGCUUCCAAGUUCGCUUUCAGAAUUUCCGUGUAGUCAAUGUAUUAGGCACAUGUAGAAUGCCCUUCGGUAUACGGAUCAUAGCAUUCUCCAAUAAAUAUAAGGAAGCAGAUUAUGAACCAGAGCUGCAUCCAGGUGUUACAUAUAAGUUAUAUAAUCCUAAAGCCACGCUGAAGAUAUUCUCUACAGGUGGUGUUACAAUCACAGCCCGUAGUGUAAGCGACGUGCAGUCAGCUGUGGAGCGUAUAUUCCCGUUGGUGUACGAGUUCCGCAAGCCGCGGACCGCCGCCGACGAGGAGCUGCUGCGUCAGAAGCGAGCCGCGCGCGCUCCUCCGGAACCAGUGGCGGCCGUGGAGCCGGCGCGCCCGCCCGACGACCCCAUGCACCUGGUGACGCUGUCCGACGACGACGCGGACGCAGACGCCUGGGAAUGACGGCGCCGCGCCGCGCGCUAGCCAGUGACGCCCAGUGACCCGUGCGGGAACGAAACGAACUAUGUUUUGGCAUAAAGCAAUAAUUACUAUCGGUUGUUAGUACAAUCGCGUGUGAAUUGUCGGCGAGCUGUUCGGUUCAUGCCAAAGAUAUUUAUUAGGGAGGUGCUUCGCGCUAGGCCGCGGCCGCCGCAGCCGCGGCCGCCUCGCCUCCGCGAGUCCUAUUGUUUUCGUGAUGCUCUUAUAUGACCUUUAGUGUGAGUAGGUGAAGUCGUUUACGUCUAAACCAAAUUUUAUCAUGAAAUAUAAUACACAUGUACAGAGAAUAAAUCUCUACGACGAUACUCAGUCUCGUUUUUCAUUUGUUCAUUUGCAGUUAUGAUUGAAAAAUUUGUAGUGAUAAUAGUGUUCAAUAAGAUUGUUUUAAGAAGAGAUGACUGAUUGAAUGAUUAGUUAGAUGUUAGUAAUUGUAAAUAUGAAAAAGCUUGGACAUUAUACAUUUAAAUAAAAAAAA